UAAAUAAAUUUGAAGCCGGCAAUGGAGUUAUUUAUUUUGAAGUGUGUUUACAUUAUUUUUAACCAUGUUAGCCUAAUACGAGAGAUUAAUUGCCAAUUAUGUACAGGAUUGGACAGGUGUUGCUUUGGUUACAGAUGGAAUGAACAUUUACAAAGUUGCACCAAGUGUAGUGUUGGUUUUUACGGCAACGAAUGCAGUAAGAAAUGCAAAUAUCCAUAUUACGGUGAAGAUUGUCAACACGUGUGUAAUUGUGAAUCUGAGACUUGUGACUUUACAUUUGGUUGUAAAAACGAAACAGCUACUGAUGUAUUCUUUGAAGUUGACACAAGUAACCAAACCACUAUAGAUCGGCGAAGAAUAAAUUAUGUGUCUUUUACUGAUGAGCCGAGACGGAACUUCGAAAUCUUAUUUUUGAUUUGUGCAAGUUUAUUGGGUUUCUGUCUUAUUCUAAACACUCUAUGUUUAGUGUUAUUUUUGAGGAGGAAAUACAAGAAAAAGAUCCUGAAAAAGGGAGAAGAAUACGAAGUUAUGGGGGACAUUCCCCACUAUAUUUAUAGUUCAUUAAAUACAGAGGAGGUAAAUCCAUGUCUGGAAGCAUCUGCAGUUGGACAAAUUAAACUCUUGAAGUACAAGGAUGACAAUAAGUUUUCAAUUGAAAUUAAAACAACUCCUUUUGAACUAAAUCAAACCAGCUGUAGUCUUAAUUCAGUUGGGGUUUCAAAUGAAACUACACAAAUACAAGACCGACAGAGAGAAUUUGUGCUCUCUUCUGUAAACUCAAAUCCUUAUGUGGAAGAAGCUAGCGAAGAAAACCAACAACCAAAUGAGUAUUCAUCGUUGGACAACAUUUAAUGACAUAUGCACCACAACUAGAACCUAUAUCAUAAUGUAUUAAA